AUGGCAAGAAAGAUGAGCAAAGGUAGACAAAAGAUUGAAAUGACCAAAAUGUCAAAAGAAAGCAACCUUCUUGUAACCUUCUCAAAACGUCGUUCUGGACUUUUCAAAAAAACUAGUGAACUUUGUACACUUUGUGAUGUUGAAAUAGCCAUUAUUAUUUUCUCCCCUGGCCAUAAAGUUUUCUCUUUUGGGCAUCCUAAUGUUGAGUCAAUUAUCGAUUGUUUCCUUACUCGUAAUAUUCCUAGUAGCACUACUGCAAAUUCUUCUUCUACAACUUGUCAACUUGUUGAGGCUCACAGAAAUGCAAAUGUUCGCGAAUUGAAUAAGCAGCUCUUGGAGAUUCUCAAUCAAUUAGAGUUUGAGAAAAAACGUGAAGUUGAAAUUGUGAAAAUUAACAAGGCAAAAAUAGGGAAGAAUUGGUGGGAAAGGACAGUAAAUGAACUUGGACAUGCUGAAUUGGAACAGUUGAAAUUAGGAAUGGAGGAACUCAAAGGUCUCACGCGUUUGUAUAGAAGGAUUUUUGGGCGGCUAGGAUUUGCUCAUCACAAACGCGACACAGAGGUCGCGAACGCAGGGAAGAGCCGAGGCAAUCUACGCGAACGUGACAUGGAGGUCGCGAAUGCAAAGAAGGCUGAGUGGCUGCGAAGCAGAAGGCCUUUGCAAAUGCGAGGGGCGAAAGCUCUUCAAGGGGAGAUUUUCGUCAUCUACGGCAAGAUCAUUUUCACUUCAUGUGCAAAACUGGAGGCUGCUGAUUCUGGUAUGAUCGCACCUGCAGUUGGUUUACGCAGGUGCGAUGGCCGCAGAAGCGACAAAGGCGUCGCAGAUGUGAGAAUAGUGCUGGGUGAGGAAGACCGCAGAAGAGGAUAUUUGGGUGCAUAUGCGAUGCCGCAGGUGCAGAGUUGGAGGGUGUGA